AUGGUUAUAUCGCAAACUGACCAGGUGAUACAUACUCAAGUUCUGAUAAAAGCUGUUAAUAGAGUUUUUUUCUGCUCUUUUGUUUAUGCUGAAAACAAAUACCAUGACCGUCGAGCUCUUUGGGAGGAUCUUUGCAAUUUUAAUGCUUUGGCUCGUGAUAAGCCAUGGAUUGUUAUGGGGGAUUUUAAUGUUGCUCUCAAUAUGGAAGAUUGUCUAUCCGGCCCCUCGAAUCAUUCGAUUGGCAUGAGGGAGUUCUAUGAGUGUGUUAAGGAGACUGAAUUAUUAGACAUUCCGAGCCAUGGCAUCCACUAUACGUGGAACCAAAAGCCUAGAGAGGGUAUUGGAGUUAUGAAGAAGCUGGAUCGGGUUAUGGGUAAUCUUAAGUUUCUGGAUUUGUUUCCGAAUGGUUAUGCUCUUUUUAAACCGCCCCGAUUAUCGGAUCAUUCCCCUUGCAUAUUCAAGUUUUCAUCGGCGCUUAACUCUAGACCGAAACCAUUCAAAUUUCCGAAUUUUAUCGUUUCUAAAGCUGAGUAUAGGCAGGCUGUUUCUUCUGAAUGGGCUAAGGAGGUUCAAGGUCAUUCCAUGUUUGCGGUAGUAAAGAAGAUGAGGAACUUGAUGUGA